AUGUGUGGACUGGCAGGCAAAGACGGCAGCGCUAAAGGUGGCGGCCUCCACCUCGUGGCGGCCGACAGACGGAGCUCGGCACGCCUCCCCGUCCCUCCUCCCCCAAGCCUCGUCAGUCUGGUCCGUCCACGCAUGAGCAACGAGGCCUUGUUUGUUGGAGGGCAACGGACGCUGGAGUGGGUGCCAGAUGGCAGCCUCCCUGCCUCGUCGCUGAAUUCAAGACCCCACCACACCCCGAACCUCGCUCAAGCUUUGUGCAGCUCACCACCCUCUUUCAGCGCGGCGUUGCCUUCCGGCUCAGGUCGUUGA